GGUCCCGGUUCUGUCCUGGCAGUCGCAGCCUGAGUCCCAAAGCUGCAGUCGUUACUCACGCGAUUCUCAUAGAUGCAUUGGCCAGCCGUUUGGCGCCACAGCCCCACACACAGAUUGGGAGUCGUCUCUGAUUUAACUUGCGAGCAAAAAAGUGCCAAAACAAACAAACAAAACUAAAGGAGAAGAAGCUAAGCCCAGCGAGAGACAUGAGUGCAACAAUGGGCAGGACACAUGCCGCGGCCUGGCUGCUCGGAUUCUGGUGUCUCGUUUGUCUAGCUGCCGUCGCGCAGGGCAGCAACGGCAGCAGCGGCAGUCGUUCGGUUGGAGCAUCUGCCGCACUGCUGGCCAAGGAUGUGGCACACAUGCACAAGCUCAAGCGGCAGCAGGACAAACACCAGCAGACGCUCCAACUGCAACUGCAGCAAGGAGUGACUGUGGCAGGGGCCAAUCAGCAGCAGCAGCAGCAGAAGCAGAAGAAGCAGCUCUCCCGAAGCGCACAUGGCCUCAACAAGAAGCUCCUCGGCCAAAUGGGCUUCAUGAAGGUGAAGGCUCCCAACAGCCACAACCGGAAACGUUUGGCCGUUGAGUCACGACGCCAUGCCUCGCGCGAUGAUUCACACAUGUUCAUCAUCAAAUUGCCGCCAAAUAUGCACUACUAUGCAGGACCCAAUGCCAUACAGAAUGCAGCAGCACCAUCGAUGGCCAGCAGCAGCAGCAGCAGCGGCAGCCAAAAAGGCAACGCACCCAGCAAGAUGGAAGCCUCGAGAGGAUCUGCCACACAAGCACCCGGCAAGGCAGCAGAAACCGCAGCAGCCACAGCAGCAGCAGCAACCGCAACGGAGGCGUCGGCGUUGAAAGCUAACGGGAAAAAGGUCUCAUUUCCCUUCAGCUCGAAUGGUCGGCCGGGUCGCAUCUACCACUGGAACCUGCCGGUGCUGAAGCAGGCGCUGCAGAAGAAGCCGCACUUUGCCCACGUCUCGCCGUCGGACCGCAACCGGCUGCUGGAUAUCGAGAAUAUACCCACCUGGCGCAAGCCCUGGGAAAAUGAGACCAUGGAGAAAUCCAUCAGCACCAGCAGCGGCAAGUCCAAGUACAAGAAGUCCCUUAAACCGAAAUCGCCCACAUACUACGCCCCCUCGCAGGCGGUCAGCAAGCAGAGUUUCCACAAGUACUUUGCCGGCAAUGGCAAGCCCAAGGGCUUCUAUGUCAUCAAGGAGCACCAGAGCAAGCCGCAGUUCUAUCACAACAUCAUAUCAUAAUCUAAUCAGCCCAUAGCCCAUAGCCCAUGGCAGAUCUAUGCCCACCACUAUUCCAACUUCUACUUCUACUUUAGAACACUUCCGUCCAGCUUCGACUGGGAUUGCAGUGGCAAUCCUUGCAUAAUACUCGACUCAACUCGACUCGACUCGACCGCAUUUACUGUCCAACAGUUGGGCGUGUGAAAUCUAUUUUUAUAAACGCAAAGAAUACAAUAACAGCAUCGGGAUGGCACCAUGGCACCCGUCCCCCCACAGCACACAUUUAUCCGUGUUCCGUGGAUACCGGUGGACGGGGUACCGGACCAUUUCGAACUGCAUUUUAGCCUAAGCAUCUGCGGAAAGCAAUAAAUUAUGGCAAAUAUCAACGCUAGGUUUAAGUGCAUGUACGAUUUUGUUUUGAUAAAUAAAUAUUGACUGAUUUUUAAA